CUGCUACAACGAAAGGAGGGUGUCCCCAUUAUUAUUUUUUGUGAACAAAGGUGCAAUGCACUUUCCGAACUGAGAUGCAGCAAUACGAAGCGUCUAGUCUGCCGGGAAACCACAAGAAGGAGAAGAAGAAGAAGAAGGAGGAGGACAAGAAGGAGGAGGAGGAUGAGGGCGCGAGUCAAAUAAGCGGAACCCUAGUCGCCAGUGUGGAUGAGGGAAGCAUGCAGACCAUAAAGUGUGUGGUGGUGGGCGAUGGUGCCGUGGGUAAGACUUGCCUUCUAAUCUCCUACACGACAAACGCCUUCCCAGAGGAGUACAUCCCCACCGUGUUCGACAACUACAGUGCCCAGAUAAGUGUGGACAGCCGCGCCAUCAGCCUCAACCUGUGGGACACUGCUGGCCAGGAGGAGUACGACCGCCUGCGCACCCUCUCCUACCCCCAGACCAAUGUCUUCAUCAUCUGUUUCUCCAUUGGCAGCCCGUCAUCUCAUGCCAAUGUACGACACAAGUGGCACCCAGAGGUAUCCCACCACUGCCCCGGAGUUCCAGUGCUGCUGGUGGGCACCAAGAAGGAUCUGCGUGGAGAUGUGGAGGCGGUGAAGAAAUUGAAGGAGCACGGCCUGGCCCCCACCAACCAACAGCAGGGUAAUGCCUUAGCCAAGCAAAUCGGCGCCGUCAAAUACCUGGAGUGCUCAGCUCUGAUGCAGGACGGUGUGAGGGAGGUGUUUGAAGAGGCCGUGCGAGCUGUGCUCUACCCCGUUACCAAGAAAAAUGUCAAGAAGUGUGCUGUGUUAUAACUAUGUGCCUAGACUAGGGGGACUGGGGGAAGAGACUCACGAUUGGCGCUGCCAUUUUGGCUCCCAAUAUGCCUUUCACGUUCUAACCCUCACCACUUGUUAGCAUUGCCUGGCUUCAAUAUUAAUUGAUUGUUUGUCAAGAGGUCCUCUCCACUAAGAUGUGGUUUCAAUUGAUGCCAACAACCUUCCUAUGGAUUUUUUUGUAUCUCUGAAAUCAAAACUGCAGCGACGAUGCUAAGGGAUUUCAAUGGUGCCUUCUCAGCAACUUGCUGCCUUGUCCUCACUGGCUGUAUGUUUAAGAAGAUUACAAUUGAUUUGACACCUUUGCUUUUCUCCUUCAUCAGGCCAGUCUUGUUAUGUGUUGGGCUUUUUCUGUGAACUUUACCCUUGUUGUCAUCUGAUGUGAUUCACAGGAAUGUUGUGUCAAUCAGUAGCCACUGUGUUAAACAUUAUGUUCAUCCCUCUGUGCCAUUACAGUAAUAGUUGUAGUGUGGAUUGUCAAUAAGAUAGUUUGCCUUUAACGUGGUUCAUAAGCCAGGAUCACAGGAUAUCUGCCGAACUAGCCUUGCUGGUAUGAGACAAGCAAGGGUGUAUGUAUGACACUGUCACCCUGAACACAUGCACACUUUGAUUAGAACAGUCUGUCUCCUAUUGCUCUGUUACUCACACUCCUCUCUCUUACUCUGUAAAACCAUGAGCUUGCCAUUCCGCACAAUGCUUUGUCAAAACAAAGUCCUGAUUGUGUCAGUGAAUACAGAUUGGGUAGCUGCUAAGUAAACAGAUGCCCUAAAGAUUAAUGUUAUUUUUGUAUUGCUGGUGGGACAAAUCAGGAAGCAAUAAUUUGAGUGUUUGGUGAUUAACCCCCCCCCCCCCCCCCA